AUGCACUGGGUCUCCAAGCUCCUGGCCCUAGCGGCCACAGGUGCAUUGGGGACGAAUGCUUUGGAAAGCUCUAUUUUCAUGUUCCCCUCCAACGGUCAGGGCUAUAAGAGCACCAUUUCCAAGCAACAGACAGUAUCAGAAGAUGUUGCCCGACUUAUCCUGGAGCUUCGCUCCCAGUCUUCUUUGGCGUCGGUUCUUGGUCAAAUGGAGGCAGAUGCCGUGGAUCACCUAAAUCAGUUUGCGGAUGCUCGAUCCACCCUUUUCGGUGGCUCCGAAAACAUUGAGUCUCCGGGGAAAAGCAUCAUCUUCUUCGAAGGCAUCGAUCACGAAGUCGGUUUGAACCUACGGAAGAAGCAGCUGCACAGCUUGAUCGUUCCUCAUUCUCCGUUAAACCUGGUUGAUGAUUCGCUAGAGUCACUUAUGGAAAUCGAUAACAAGGGUAAACACUGCGUCUACCUCAAGGGUGCCAGCGGAGUGGAUUCGAAGACUGCUCAGACCGCCAAUGACUGUCUCCUCAUGGAUCCCGUUCUUUCUCAUGCAUCCGGCUUGUUUGACCGAGAUCUUCUCGACUUGGUCGGGUCGGUGGAGACUUGGGUCAGCAUGGACCAAGAGACCACUGCUUCAUGGCUCAUAUUCAAGGCCAGCUCCAGUGAUGACGUUCUCGUCACCAAAUCCCUCCAGUCAAUUUUCCAAGAUCUGACCAAGCAGUCUUCAUUAAAAAAUCGAGAAAUCACCGCUGUUGUUCUACCUACCGCUUCGCACUCUCUGGGCUCUUCGCAAAUCCUUCAGCGAGACUCGGAAGUCUGGACUAAGUCAUCUGCGUCAAGUGCACAAUAUGCCCUGCGGAGGUCUGCCCAAGACCUGGCUCUUCACUCGAAUCUUGCCCCUGUUUGCCAUGCCUCUAACUCGUCUUGUGCUGAAGCAACAAACAAUUGCUCUGGCCACGGGUUCUGCUAUCUGAAAUAUGGAUCUGGUGAGGAGGGAUCUACCGGCAAUUGUUACGCAUGUCAGUGCCAACAAACAGUGGUGCGAAAAACCGAUGGCACCACGCAGAAGAUCCAGUGGGGUGGACCUGCUUGUCAGAAGAAGGAUAUUAGCUCACCUUUCUUCCUUAUUGCUGGUGUCAGCGUUUUGGCCAUUCUCAUGGUGGGUAGCGCCAUUGGAAUGCUGUUUAGCAUGGGGCAAGAAGAGCUCCCCAGUGUGAUUAGUGCUGGAGUUGGUGGAUCCAAGACUCAGCCUUGA